AACUAGUCCUGUUAGCUGCUGAAGGCUUGACGUUUGUGACGCAGUUAAUUUAAAUGUAUGUUCUUUCUCCGCAUCCUAGUCUGCUCAGCGCGUGCCCUGCUGUCAGAUUAGGCUUUAAAAUUAGCUGCGUUGUUGUCUGAAUUAGCUAUUGUGGGCUGUGGGCUUUUUUCUUUUUAGUGUCGGACCUGCAUGAUGGAUCAAAACACCUCUGCUCUCCAAUUCUGAAGUUUCUAGGUGAAAAUGGCGGUGGAGAAGCGCCUGGCGUAUUCCAUUGUGCAGUUCCUACGAGACCAAACACAUUGUGGAGCGUUGAAUUCUGAUGAGCAGGAGAGUCUUGAAGUCGCUGUCCAGUGCUUGGAGACCACUUUUAAGAUCAGCUCCAGUGAUUGUCACCUGGCGGGGCCACAGCCGCUCAGAGAAAUAUUCCUUAAUGCCCUGCUCAAGAAUGACAGCCUCACCAUACCGGAGUCUUCACCUUCUCCUGAAGACGCUGAACGAGCAGAGCAGCUUAAAAAUGAAGGGAACAAUCACAUGAAGGAGGAGAACUACAGAUGUGCAGUAGAGUGCUACACAAAGGCCAUUGAUCUGGACCUGAGAAACGCUGUGUAUUACUGCAACAGGGCUGCAGCUCACAGUAAACUAGGGAGUUACACGGAGGCGACCAGCGACUGUGAACGAGCCAUUGGGAUUGACCCGACCUACAGUAAAGCCUAUGGGAGGAUGGGUUUGGCCUUGACGUCCAUGAACAAGUACCCUGAGGCGAUUUCGUACUUUAAGAAAGCUUUGGUGUUGGACCCGGAGAAUGAAACAUACAAAUCGAACCUGAAGAUUGCAGAACAGAAACAUAAAGAAGCGUCUAGUCCAAUAGCCGCUGGAUUAGGAUUUGACAUGGCCAGUUUGAUCAACAACCCUGCUUUCAUCAGCAUGGCUGCGAGUGUGAUGCAGAACCAACAGGUCCAACAGCUGAUGUCAGGAAUGAUGUCUAAUGCCGUCGGAGGCCCCGCAGCGGGAGUGGGAGGAAUGUCAGACAUUUCCAGCCUGAUUGAGGCAGGACAACAGUUUGCCCAACAGAUCCAGCAGCAGAACCCGGAGCUGAUCGAGCAGCUGAGGAACCACAUCCGGAGCCGUUCUUUCAGCGGCAGCGCCGAGGAGCAUUCAUGAUCCUUUCCUAUGCGAUUUCUUUUCCCCCAAAGGAAGAGCAACCAUACGGCGCGAUAACAAUCUCUACACCCAUUUCUUUGAGUCAAAUCCCCGGCACAGCUGGAAUGAAGAGACGAGGGUGGGGCUGAAGGCACUUUACUGAGACUGAGGGCUCCUGCAGAGGAGGAAGAGCCUGGAGACUGGACCUUAAACAAGAACAUCCCAUUCAAGUAGGGCAAACAUACCAUAAACACCCGAUCACAAAAAGCCAACACCUCAUUCUGCUUGUCGACAGAAGAGUGAAUAUUUUCCUCGAAGUUUUGAUGAGCCGAUGGUGUUUCGAUGUGCUGAAACUGCUGCCUUCACCGCGUUAGGAGCUGAGAAUCCACCAGUCUAGUCAAGAGGCAUCAAGGGGUGUGGGAGGAACGUUCAUUAGCUACAGAGCAGGGACCAUUUCAGCUUCGUCUCUCACACAGAUAUACUAAAGCAUACUGUUUAUAAUAUUUAGUAUUAUUUUUGUAGACAGAGUUGACUGUUUAUGAGUAAAAGAGAUUCACAUCAUUGCUUUGCAGUACUUUGAAUUAAGACAAAAGUGUGAUUGUACAGCGGAGUUUUAUGUUGUUACGGCUCUGUCAAAGCAAAAGAAGCCCUUCCCUUUAAGUCACAUCAAUUGGUUGAUUAACAACAUGUUCGUACUGAUUGUUUUGCAUGCAAAUAAAGCUGGUGUUUGAGAUCUGAUGCUUUAUGGCAACACAUUGGUAUGCUGCAGACAGCACAUUGUUUUGUCAAAAACAAAUAAAUGUAGUAAAAUUAAA